AGAGAUUAUAGUUUUAUUCGUCUAUUAUAUUAUUUACCAAAAUUAUAUUUAAAUGGUUUAGAUAAAAGUUUUGGAUAUAUAACAAUUAAGAAUAGUGGUGAAAUUAAUUAUUUAAUUCGAUUAAAUUUAUUAAAAAUGACACCAGAUAUAUUAUUUUAUAAAAUAAAAUUUGAUUAUAAAUAUUUAAAAUUAUUUUUAAAACGUUUAAAAUAUUUAAUUCAAUGUAUUCGAGAAUUAGAUUUCUCUAGUCAUCUACAAAAUAAUUAUAAACAAGAAUAUAAUUUAAUUGAAUCUUAUCGAUAUUAUAUGAUGAAUUAUUCAAAUUUAAUAGAUGAAAAACAACAUCAAUUAUUCGAUGAUAUUCAACAUUAUUUAUCUAGUCCUUUAACAUUAAAACAAUGUUGUAGAUUCAAAAUACGCUAUUUUUCAACAAAUUCGAGUGAUCUUUCUCUUUUACCAUUAACCAAAUCUCUAUUUAACUUUUUGAAAUUUCAAGAGGAAUAG